AGUGUUAACAUCAAUCUCUCCAAAGGGAAAAAAAGAAACAAAUAGACGCACCCCUCCGGUCCUCCCUAAACACCCUUAGCCCUCAGGCCUCAGCAAUCCCUCAUUGCGAGAAGCAAAGAAAGAGAGAGAAAAGGUGAACACAAAAGCUCGCAGAUUUGAAGAGAGAGAAGCAGAAAGAUGGGAGAAAGAAAAGUGUUGAACAAAUACUACCCACCAGAUUUUGAUCCAGCUAAAAUCCCUAGGCGAAGGCAGCCCAAGAAUCAGCAAAUCAAAGUUCGUAUGAUGUUGCCAAUGAGUAUCCGCUGCAAUACUUGCGGAAAUUACAUCUAUAAAGGAACCAAAUUCAAUUCUAGGAAAGAAGACGUUAUUGGCGAGACAUACUUGGGCAUCCAAAUAUUCAGAUUCUAUUUCAAAUGCACAAAAUGUUCUGCGGAGCUGGCAAUGAAGACAGACCCACAGAACUCAGAUUAUGUAGUUGAGGCAGGCGCAACACGGAAUUUUGAACCUUGGCGGGAUCAAGAUGAGGAAGUUGAUAAGGAGAAGAGGAAACGAGAUGCUGAAGAAAUGGGAGAUGCAAUGAAAUCUCUGGAGAAUAGAACCUUAGACUCUAAACGGGAAAUGGAUAUCAUGGCAGCCCUUGAUGAAAUGAAGUCCAUGAAGUCAAGGCAUGCAACAGUUAGUGUAGAUGCAAUGCUAGAGGCCUUGCAGCGCACGGGUGAAAACCAGGAGAAGAAGCUGGAUGAAGAGGAUGAGGAACUGAUUAAAACAAUAUUUCAUAGGCCCAAAGAGUAUGUGCGAAGGAUUGAUGAGGAAGAUUGGGAUGAUGACAAUGAUGACAUAGCAAAUGACACAGUGAAGAAACCCAAACUUUCUGAAGAUAUAAGUAAACCAACAGAUGUCUUGACAAAGAAUGAUCCGACUAAAGACUCGAGCAACAGAGAUUCUUCUGAUGGCAAAAGACCCACUUUGCAGCCUCCAGCAGUAAAAUUCAUGGUGAAAAGAAAACCAGCUCAGAAACUAGACGACGAAAAACCUGUGAAGAAGGAAGAUAUUGUAGAGCAGGGGAACACUGUUUCUAGCAAUGGACUUCUGUCACUGUGUCAAUAUGAUAGUGAUGAAUAAGAGCAAGAAUGACAUACAGGAAACAGCAGGUAACAAACAAAGGCUGAAUCUUCUUUUCCUGAUAUAAGAAUUGGGAAAGCCAUAUUAAUGCAAAUAGACGUAAUGGUCAUGCACAUUGCAUAGCUAUCUUUUUCGCCAAUGAAAGGUUCAGUUUGAAGUCAUGACCUAUUAUAGUACUACUGGACAGUCUAAUGUUUGAGACAUGAGAUCAUUGUAUCAUUAUGUUGAAAGUACAGGUAGUAGGACAAGCCUAUCAACAUAUGUUGUAUAACUUCAAAUAAUGUGAGAUGGGAGCUUCGUUCAUUGAUACUGUUAUAUGUUUAUCCAUUUUGUUUAUCA